CUUUUAUUUCUUUUUUUUUUCUUUGUUUUCUUACCUUUAGGUGAACCCAGGAGUCUGGGUUCGUCGCGAUGAACCCAGCUGGUGGGUUCGUCGCGAUGAACCCUGCUCGUGGGUUCGUCGCGAUGAACCCUGCUCGUGGGUUCGCAACGAACCCAGGAGCAUGGAUUCGCGACGACACUUCAAGCACGGAAAAAUGGAUUGAGAACCCAGCUCGCGCCUGGGUUCGCGACUUGGCAGAGAUUGAGAACCCAGCUUGCAUAUGGGUAUGUCGCGAACCCAGGCUCGAGCUGGGUUCAUUGCCAACCCAAUCACACGAGCUGGGUUCAUGGCGAACCCAGUCGCGAAGCCAGUCGCGCAAGCUGGGUUCAUCCUGGGUUCGCGAUGAACCCAGGCGUCUGGGUUCAUCACAAACCCGUGAGCUGGGUUCGCCUGAAGACAUGUUCUACUUCAGCAGCAUUUUCUUACACAUGGCCAGACAUGGCUCCAUUAUCUGCACAACAUGACUAGGCAUUUUUGACGGUCAUGUUCUCUACAACAAUAUUUAUUGCUGCAUCUUUCUGGCUACAUUUAUCUCCACAACAUGGCUAGAUGUUUUUCACGGUCAUGUUUACUGCUACAUCUCUUUGGCUCCCAACAAUGGAUAAAAAGCCUAUCUUGCU